GGCCGCUGGCUGAGGAGAGGUGUUUUCGGGCGGCCGGUGGGGUGGGGGUGCCGACAGCCCUCUCCGUGCCGUGCUGCCGCCGGCCAGAAACUAGAUGAUGGGCAUUUAAACAACUCCUUGGGCUCUCCAGUUCAAGCCGACGUGUACUUCCCACGACUGAUCGUGCCAUUUUGUGGGCACAUUAAAGGUGGCAUGAGACCAGGCAAGAAGGUGUUAGUGAUGGGCAUCGUAGACCUCAACCCUGAGAGCUUUGCCAUCAGCUUGACCUGUGGUGACUCAGAAGAUCCUCCCGCCGAUGUGGCAAUUGAACUCAAAGCUGUCUUCACAGAGCGGCAGCUACUCAGAAAUUCUUGCAUAUCUGGGGAAAGGGGUGAAGAACAGUCAGCGAUCCCUUACUUUCCAUUCAUCCCAGACCAGCCAUUCAGGGUGGAAAUUCUUUGUGAGCACCCACGUUUCAGAGUGUUUGUGGAUGGACACCAACUUUUUGAUUUUUACCACCGCAUUCAAACGUUAUCUGCAAUCGACACCAUAAAGAUAAACGGGGACCUCCAGAUCACUAAGCUGGGCUGAUGUUUAAACCACGUCUGUUUCCGAUAGCAUCAGGGGCCACAGCCGUCUGACCCUUGGUCUGGAAGAAGUGUCCCAGCAAGACCUGAAGACUGAAAGGGAAAACAAAAAUGAAAAGGCUGGCUUCACUGUUUCUUCUUCCUGUGCAGUUCAAACCCAAAAUGACUUCAACGGUGAUUUGCCCUUAGGAAGCUGUCGGAACAAAGACACCGAGCCAUUAUUCCCGGAACAAAGUAAUACAUUUAUGCUGAAUUUUAUUCAGACUAAACUGAAAUGGAUUUGUGGUGAUCUGUGAUUUGGUAGUAAGUUGUUCAUCUUUUCAAAGCAAGGUGAUACUUAGAACAAAAGUGCUAAAGACUUAACAACAAAGACGGUACACCGAAAUCAACUCAUUUCUGCACUGAAGUGGAAUUGUGUAGCACAACCAACAUUUUAGUCAGGGUAUUUAACAGAAUGUAGGUUGUUCCAGUUUUGUUUUGUUUUGUUUUGUUUUUUGCACAGCAUAAUGUUAAUUCAGAUUUUUAAAGCUUUCUUAUAGUUAUUUAUUUAUACUCAAUGUACGUAUUAGGGAAUGAUUAAUGUCUCAAGAACAACAAGUUAUAAACUUUUGAAUGUACAAUUAUCUUAGGUGUGAGGGGGAAAUUACAUAUUACAAUCAUGAAAAAGGUGAAUUUCUACCUUAAACAGUUGAGUGUUAUCCUUCAUACUCCUAAAUUUAGGAUCUCUUGAUACAAAUUGCUGUAAGUGCUUUUGGGAAAACUUUGCAAUGUUUCGAUAAGACUGCUUUUCACGUUUUUGAUGAUUAUGUAAUUCUGUUUACAUUGCUUUUUCUCCUUACUGUGAAUUAGCACAGUAUUGGCUUCCUUCAGACUGAUUAACUACUUUUCCCUAGAUCUACAUAAUAGCUCAUUAAGUUGUUAUUAAGCAUAUUGAAAACAGAUAAGAGGUGAUUGCAUAGACAAUUUUUUAAAUGACUAUUACAUAAACUUUUAAAAGUCUCAUAUGAAAAUGAUUCUGGAAUGCAGUGGAAAGCAGAAGCAAAUGGCCCCAAAUAACUUACUUGGAAAUAAUUUAUAGCAACUUAAGCUGUUAGCUCACUGUAUCACUUAUUAUGUGACCCUCACCAAUAUCCCUUAGCAAUGCCUUUGGAGCUUCAGAAUUAAGGGUGCUUCCUACUGUGUUGGCUCUGCUGAGAUAUUAGGAUAAGAUGGGAUCUAAAUUAGGAAAUGAUCCAGUUAGGUUAUCUGAAAGGUUAACUCCCAGGACUCCAGGUCUUUCAGUCCAGCCAGUAGCGUGCAUGCUUCCAAUUAAGCUGUAGGAGUUUCCCUGUACUUGCAGAACUGACAGACAGCAGGGAGUCUCCGGGGAAGCCUGCAGGACUCUAAACGUCACCAUAGGCAAGGGAUGUUUGGAGUCCUGGGUGCUGGAUUUCACAUACUGCAUUGGCCCUGGAGAGAAGGACCCUUGGCAUUGCUUUGGUCAGGUAGUUUGGGGGGAAGAGGGAGUGCUGGGGUAGGGGUGUAUUUAUAUAUAAUUUAGGUUUUGUUUGUAUAGCAUACUGCAUCUUGUUAUGACACGUCCUUGUCCUGCUUUGCUUUUGAGUUUUUUUACACAACAUGCAGAGGCACUGAAGUGGCCAUGUCAUUUUCACGUGUCAAGAAUGUAGACAGUGUUUCAGUACCAAAGUCUAAGAAAAAGCAAACUAAAAUCGUGCAUUUUUUAAUAGAUGAUAUAUUUGGAUUCUUCUCAACUUUGAAACUGUUUAGCACAGUUCCAUUGUGUUAUAUAAGAAGAUGCUUUAUCCAACAAGACUGGCUGAGCAUUGAAAAGCUUUAUGUACCUGCUGACUAAACCAGCCAUAUUCAGGAGGGCUGUUCUGUGGCUCCGGGUAUUUUUGAGCCUGUGAUUAACUUGUAGAGCCACUAGAUUUUGAGGAGUGUUUGUAGAAAGACUUAGAGGGCCCCCUGAAAUAUAUUUACAGGGGUUUUGAUUCUCCUUAUGGUGGAAGACCCCCAUAGGAGUUCUCCUUUGAGUGGCCAUCCAUUCCCACCCAUUGCAUAAUUCAACAGAAACUAGAGGAGUUGGGAGUAUAACUUCAAAUUGACCCUGUUCUCUCUACCUGUCAGCUAACUGGUUAGCAGCCAAGCCCUUAGGCAGCUUAGUGUAAAGAUACAGUGUUAACCCUUUGUUUCUUUACGAGGUCAGUGGGAACCUCUUGGUUAAGCCUGUUGAAACUAAUCUAAAUGAAGUGAUGGUUUGAUUCAGGUAUAGUUAAAUUAGCAGGGGACUAAUCCAGCUGUACUAAUCAUUAGUUGUAAACGGGAAACAAUGUUCACAUCCUCUCAUUAGCAUGUAAGGUCUAAUGUGGGAAUUCAGGAUGGAAAGUGCAAUUUUAAGCUUCACAGAAAAGCAUUUGGGUAUGUAAGGUGUUAUUUCUGACCAGAGCCCUAAUUUAGCAAUAUGACCAAAACCAAGAAAUAUGAAUAACAAUCAAGCUCUGGGGGAAUAAUAGACAGGCUUUAGACAAUCUGUCCAUUUCUGCAUCAAAUUGGAGUGAAUGUAUAUAACUACUUAAAAAAAUAACAGGCUUUAGACAAUCUGUCCAUUUCUGCAUCAAAAUUUGAGUGAAUGUAUAUAACUACUUAAAAACUAGUAGAAGUGACUUCUACUUUCUGGGAUGUCCCAGAAUUGUCUUAAUUUCUUUUUUAAUUUGAAACCCCAUUUCAAAAUCUUGCCAACCUCAGUUCAGAACCUCCUAAGAGAUCACUCUUAGAAUUGUUAGUGAUUUGUUAAAAUGGCAAAUCCUCAUUUGUAUUAAAAAAAGAAAAUGUCCAAAAAGGGGGGAAGGAGCCCUGUUGCCUUGAAAGAAACAGCCUUGGCAUUUUCCAGCUACAUUAUUAAUGUAGAAAUAAUGUUCCUAUGAUGACAUAUUUUCAAAGAAACACUUUCUUACUUACUGCGUGGUGUAAAAUGUUGCUAAAUGUGUUCUUACGUUAUUAUGUCACUGCUGAAAGUUAUUUGCACUAUAAUAAAGGAGUUUUCUACAAAAUG